AUGGCUAAAGAAAUUGGACCUCGAGUUGACCAAUCGGAUGGACGCACGCGGCAACGCGUGCGAGGCAAUGUGCCUGCAUCGCUAAGUAGCGUCGAGAUGAAGAGGAUAGUAGUCAGUGUCGUUUCACUAGUAUGGAUGCUAUUCUCCACCUCUUCCCUGGCCUUUAUCCUUAUCAGUCUCUUCAGCAACGGAUGGCUGCAACGCGUGGAAAUUGACAGCUCCAUCUGGGAAACUAACUGCCAGACCAUCUUGCACCCAACUAGCCCUGCGGCGUUGGAGACGCUGCACUACGCAUCCCCUUCCCUUGGACCAGUGUUCAGUUGUGAGACCGCCUGUCCAGGCCACAGACCCGCCCGCUCGUUGCGGUGGAUGUGGAACUCCGGGGCGCGCGUUUACUGCCGCCUCUCGCUGUGGGGUGGCGGCCAGAAGCCUGCGGUCUCGAACGCCGCCGCAUGGACAGGUAGUCUGCUCCUCCUCAGUGGCGCUGGCAUACUGCUGCUCGCCCACUUCCUCCUCUGUCUCUCCCUUUGUAAACGCGAGCUCUGUGGUCGCAGCGUCUUCCAGGUCACUGGACUCCUCCAAUGCGUUGCCGACCUUCUACUCCUCGCCGGGCUGUUUGCGUGGCCCGCGGGCUGGGCCUCCAUUCCCGUGCAGGAGGUCUGCGGAGCUUCGACAGCGCCCUACCAGAAAGGGAACUGUGAGUGGAGUGAGUGCCUCGAACGCCCUCCUAGCGACGUUCGCCGACCGAUCGAUAAUGCAGCCUUCAGCGAUGCGUCGGAUGUUGAUUACGGACAAACCCGUCAUAUUUGUUUAACAAGGCUUCGAGACACUGCCUCCUCUCUGUGA